CGGGCAUGGAUGAAUUUAAAAAAGCACUAACCGAGGCCGAUCCUUUCGCCAGCUGGUGGCCAUUUAUCCUGGCCGGAAUAGUGUUCGUGGUUGGCACGGUCAGAACGUACAUGGGCGGGCAACCGUGCCCGAACGGGAACACCAUCCCGGGCCGUGUGAUCGUGGUGACUGGUGCCGCCGGUGGUAUUGGACGUGAGGUGUGCCGGGAGUUGACACGCCGAAAGGUGGGAUGUUUGGUGUUGGCUUGCCGCACCACUGAGCAGGGUGAGUCGUUGCGCGAGUUGUUACGCCGAGAAGCGCCCGAAUGUACGCUGGAGGUGCUGGCGCUGGAUCUCCGCUCACUGGACAGUGUGCGUCGAUUUGUGCGCCAGGUACAGGCACAUCAUCCGGCGGUGGAUGCACUGGUGAACUGUGCCGGUGUUAUCUUCCAGCCGGGUGGGCGCACGGUGGAUGGGUACGAGCAGCAUCUGCAGUGUAACUUCCUGUCGCAUUUUCUGCUAACGCGACUGCUGCUACCGCAGCUGGCCCGUUCGCAGCACGGUGGGAGGGUUGUGAACGUGUCCGCCCAUGGGUAUACCGCUGCCAAGAUCGCCGACCGGGAGGAUCCGCUCAAUUUACGCCAACUUGCCCAAAGUGGACGGGAUGCGUUCGCGCAUUCGAAGCUGGCGAUCGUGCUGGCAGGCAAAGUGCUAGCGAGGAACCUUAAAGCGGAAGGCUACCGUACCACCAUUAACUGCUGCUCACCUGGGUUGGUCCGAGGCACUGGUCAUCUGCGUCACUCGCCAAUAAUGAAGGCACUGUUUGCGAAAGUACUCACCUUCCCGUGGAUGUGGUUGUUCAUGAAAAGUCCGGCCCAAGGAGCCCAUACCAUCGUCCGGCUUGUGACGGAUCCGGAGUUAGCUAGCUGCACUGGAGAUUUCUUUAAUGAUUGCGAACGGGUGGAAGUGUCCGAGCUGGCAAAAGAUGACGAAUUAGCCGAACGGUUGUAUCAAGCCGCCUGCAGUGCGGUUGGUUUGGGUGAGGAUCUGCAGCAGGAGUAUAGCAACGCUUCGCACACCAAGAAGGAGUAA